AUUAUAUUAUUUUUCCGUGUCCAGCAAUUACGUAAAAUUUUGAAAAACGCAGCUAAACCCUUCCCUCCCCCAAAUCACGAUCUUCCUUUCCCAAACACGACCGCUCUGCCGAUUCUGCGCUGGCCGUGGUCUUCUCCACCGUAAGCUCAUCCAACGGCGAGAAGAAGAAGCUCCUCCACCACUUUAUCUCCUUCUCCACCGCGAGCUCCUCCAGACUUGGAAGUGACAUGAGACAUGCUUGCUAUUUCACUGUUCCCAAAGCUUUAAAGUUUGGAGCAGUAGUAGCAAGACAGUCAUCGAGUUUCAAAGUUCCAUUAAAGUGUUCUUAUAGGCAAAUUCACAUGGAGAGUAAUUACGACAGCAACUCAAGAGGUGCUUUGAUUGUUCUAGAAGGUUUGGAUUGUUGUGGGAAGACCUCACAAUCUAGUAGACUACUAUCCUUUUUGGAGGGACUAAGGCAUUCAGUCGAAUCAUGGCGGUUUCCUGAUAGAAAUACGGGUGUUGGGCAAAUGAUUUCUUCGUAUCUUGCGAAUAAAUCGCAAUUGGAUGACCACACAAUCCAUCUCCUCUUUAGUGCUAACCGCUGGGAGAAAAGAUCAUUAAUGGAGAGUAAGCUAAGGGGUGGAACCACCCUCAUUGUUGACCGCUAUUCUUACUCGGGGGUGGCGUUUUCAUCUGCCAAAGGACUUGAUUUUGGAUGGUGUAAGGCACUGGAGAUGGGGUUGUUGGCUCCAGAUGCGGUUUUAUACCUUGACAUCCCGCCAGAGAAAGCUGCUGAAAGGGGAGGCUAUGGUGGUGAGCGAUAUGAGCAGCUUGAGUUUCAAAGGAAAGUUGCCAAAUCUUAUCAGAUUCUCCGUGAUGCGUCAUGGAAGAUUAUAGAUGCCUGCCUCCCCAUUGAAGAUGUCGAAACACAGCUGAGAAAGAUUGCGCUAGAUUGUGUGAUGACAUGCCAAAAAGGAAAACCUCUCUCCCAGCUCUGGUCAGUUAACUAACUGUUCAUUCUCUGAUAGGGAAAGCAACACAUGUAUUUCCACAAACUUGAGUACUAUAAUACGGAGUAGCAUUGAUUGCAAUAUAUUAUUUCAAAAAUCGAUUCAUUUCCGGUUUGUUUCAUAAACAA